AUGUCGCUGGUAGCAAAUGAAGAUUUCCAGCACAUUCUGCGUGUGCAGAACACUAACGUGGACGGGAAGCAGAAGAUCAUGUUCGCGCUGACCUCUAUCAAGGGUAUCGGCCGCAGGUUUGCCAAUAUCGUCUGCAAGAAGGCUGAUAUUGACAUGAACAAGAGAGCUGGUGAACUUUCUAAUGCUGAAAUUGAUAGCCUUAUGGUGAUUGUUGCAAAUCCUCGUCAAUUCAAGAUCCCAGAUUGGUUUCUUAAUAGAAAGAAAGAUUACAAGGAUGGGAAAUUUUCACAGGUGACAUCUAAUGCCUUGGAUAUGAAGCUUAGGGAUGAUCUUGAGCGCCUUAAGAAAAUCAGGAACCACCGUGGGCUCCGCCACUAUUGGGGUCUUCGUGUUCGUGGACAGCACACAAAAACCACCGGACGCAGGGGAAAGACUGUUGGUGUCUCAAAGAAACGCUGA